CGCCGAUCACGCGGUCUGUGUUGACACUUCCGGGUGGCACCUAAGUGAGGCGGCGGGGCAGGGGCUGGCAGCUCCGACGGCAACCAUGGCGUAUACCGGCCUCACGGUGCCUCUCAUCGUGAUGAGCGUGUUCUGGGGCUUCGUCGGCUUCCUGGUUCCCUGGUUCAUCCCUAAGGGUCCCAACCGGGGAGUCAUCAUCACCAUGUUGGUGACCUGUUCGGUUUGCUGCUAUCUCUUUUGGCUGAUUGCAAUUCUGGCCCAACUCAAUCCUCUGUUUGGACCACAGUUGAAAAAUGAAACCAUCUGGUACCUCAAGUAUCAUUGGCCUUGAGGAAGAAGACCUGCUCGCCAGUGUUCAGUCAUUGAGGUCACGAAGAGAGUUCCUCUAGAUGCAAAAUCACCUCCAUACCCAGACCUCCUUCCUUGACCUGCCUCUGCUGGCCGUCAGAUGCCUUAAACGUUCACGCCACAGUUGAAUAUCUUAUUACUCAACGCAGUAUUUUUUUCCUGUCGCCUUUCUUACACUUUGAUGAAUGAUGUGCCUCUUUUACUUAAACGCUCUCCGUAAAAGGUUCAUGUACUCUUCUGAGAUAGACAGUGCUCUUUCUUCGGGGAAAUAACAUUACUCCCUCCGUGGAACCUGUGGAUUGGAAGAUGGCUCCUGCCUGCUCACAGCGUGGGAAUCCGCGAAGCGUUUAAACACUGUAACAGGACAGUGAGACCCCAGUGGGGCUGUCAGUAGGAGAUCAUAUUCAGAGGGAGAAUCUGUCUUGCCAGAACCAUACCAAAGUACAUUUUUAGGAUGAAUUUCUUAUUUCUGCCGUCCCUGGGAAUAAAUUAUUUUUCUGCAUUCUUUGGAAA